AUGGCGGGAAUUUCCUAUGGCCACGUGGUGGUGGUGCCUUACCAUGAGAAGGCGCCGGUGGUGGUGGAUACUUGUGUGUUGGAGGUGGCGAAUUAUGUGGCGGGUAGCGAGUUGGAGGCGGUGGCAGGAAGUGAUGAGCUGGGGGCGGUGGAGAAUAAUGAGCAUUGGGUGGAGAAUAAGGCGGUGGAGAAUGACAAAGGGAGGCGGUGGUGCAUGAUGAGCAGGGGGUGGUGGAGGGUGGUGAGCCGGGGAAGGGCUUGGCGGAGCUUCAUGGUGGUGGUGGUGGUGGUGAUGGCCAUGGUGGCCAUGAUGUUUGUGGUUAGGCGAGCCGUGGUAGGACGGUGGCUCGACCGGCGCCAACGACUCAUGGUGGUGGUGCUUCCCAUGCUCAGAUCCAGGGUGUGCAGCCAGUGGCGCCUCGGCAUAGGGCGCAUGAGCCUCUGGUGCUUCUACCGGUGGGAAGGCAUAGGGAGACGAUGCAGCGCUGCAGCACGAGGAGAACGCAGCGGCAAGAGCAACAAGGAGGGCGAUGCCCUUCAUGUUCGUGGUGAUGCCCAUGCUGUGGUUUUGGCUUGCCUCCGAUGCUCCUCCAUUUCGCGCCUUAUAUAG